AUGGACGAUAACAUUCAUGCUCCAACCGUUGCCUCUGGACCGGCAUCCGGGCCCACGCCCCGCGAUCUGUCCAAAUUGUCGAUGCCAGAUCUGAUGCAGGAGAAAGAACGCAUCGAAGCGGAACUGUCAGCUCUCAGUAGCGUCCUCGAGUCGCAUGGUGUACGCAUGACUUCAUCUCUCACAACCUUCGACGGGUUCCCCCGUGAUGAUAUCGACAUCGCGCAAGUUCGCACAACGCGAGUGCGCAUUAUCCACCUACGAAACGACCACAAAGAGGUGAUGAAACUUCUCGAGAAAGGCAUCCACGCACAUUUCGCCAACCUACAAAAUGCUCAAGGCGCUGGCCCAACUACGAAUGGCGCAAGCGUCCCGUCUGUUGCGCAGUCGUCGACGAAUAACACUGCGUUGGGGACACCGUUUGCCAAGGUUAAUAGUGUGGUUUCGGGAAGUCCAGCAGAGCAGGCGGGACUGAAAGCUGGCGAUGCAAUUCGGAGUUUUGGGAAUGUCAAUUGGCUGAACCACGAGCGCCUUUCAAAGGUUGCCCAAGUCGUUCAAGAAAAUGAAGGGCGCGCAGUGUCGGUCAAGGUCUGUCGGAAGGAUGAGACUGACACCACAACGGAGUUGGACCUCCAGCUCACCCCUCGACAAAAUUGGGGCGGCCGUGGCCUGCUAGGAUGUCACCUGGUUCCCUUAUAA